GCAACUGUUUAUAUAAACCCUCCACAGCUCAACUCCACGCCGGAUCGAGGAAUCGGAAGCGAAGAAGGAACACCCAUUCCCACUCUCACCCCCAUCUUGACGCCACGCCCUGGCCGCGCACUGCUCCUCCUGAGAUCUCCUUCUCCUCCUCCUCCGGCCUUAUCUUGGAGAUCCUGACAACGAAGCGAUGGCUGGCAGUGAAGGGGUGGAGGGGGAAUAUGGAGCGGCGCGGACCUCGGUGUGGUGGGACAUUGAAAAUUGCCAUGUUCCUAAGGGCUACGAUGCUCAUGUCAUCGCCCAGAACAUCACCUCCGCCCUCGCUGCUGUGGGGUAUAAGGGUCCUGUCACGAUCUCUGUCUAUGGGGAUACCAAUAAGAUCCCCACUGUCGUCCAGCAUGCGCUUUCCGGCACCGGCAUCGCUCUCAACCAUGUUCCCUCGGGUGUCAAAGAUGCCAGUGAUAAAAAGAUUUUAGUGGACAUGUUGUUCUGGGCAGUUGAUAAUCCUCCACCAGCUAACUACCUACUUAUUUCUGGUGAUCGCGAUUUUUCUAAUGCUCUCCAUCAACUGCGUAUGAGGAGAUAUAACAUUCUGUUGGCCCAUGCGCCGAAUGUAUCCCAAGCCCUUGUUGCUGCUGCAAAGACUGUUUGGCAGUGGACAAGCCUUCUAGCAGGAGGACCACCAUUUCCAAAUUCAGGAUCUACUCAGCAAAGUAAUGCUUCAAAUGGUAAAUCAAUCGCGGAGAUAUACAAGCUCACUGUACCUGAGACAGGACAGAAAAAACAGCACCCAGAACCUUUUUCUGAUAUCUCCUCUUUGGGAAAUCAAAAGGGUUGUGCAGAUGGUAAGGCUGAUAAUCGGUCUAAAGUUAAGCCUGUUUGGAGAACUUCUAGCCAAGUAAAUGCUAAUAAACCACAGACCUUAAGCAAUGAUUUCAGGCAGCUCUCCCUGGGAGAUCAGGAAGGUUGUGCUAGUGUUGGUUUUGAUAAUUCUGACCUUAAAGGGAAGCAAUCUAUUCAACAGCCAAUCCAAGUAUCUAUGCCAAUGACCUCAACUUCACAAGUCUCUAUGCCAAUGAUCACAACUUCUCAAGUAUCUACAUCGAUGAUCUCAGCUUCUCUGUUGAAGCCAAGUGAUCAACCAAACUAUACCCCGGUGAGUACUUCUUAUCCCAACUUUCCAUCUCAGAAGCCUAUGGAUACUCCCUUUCCACCUCGAGAAACUCCUCAUAAGUUCUGUGCAACUAACAUGCCAAGUACAAGUGGUCCCUCGCCAAAUGUUCCUCCUUACCCUCCUUAUCCCUUGAACAAUGAGCACCACUUUUCAAGCGGACACCAGAAACAAACUCAGAACUCUCAACCAUUACGACCAUCUGGCCUGCCACCUCUUCAGCCUACAAAUACAAGUUCCCACUUCCAUAGCUCUUAUUCACCAUUACUUAGGCCCGGGGCCCCUUCUUUUACUACUGCUCCUGCAAAUUUACCUAUGAUCAAUAACCCUAGUGUAUCGAAAUACCCGAACAGCAUUAAUCAUACUACUUCUUUUACUCCGCCAAUGCAUGAACCAAAUAUGGUUCCUGGUUUGAAGCCUUUUAAUGGUCCACAUAUCACACAUCAUAAUAACAAGCAAAGACCUCAACUGCAUCCUGCAAACAAUUCUAUACCCAAUAAUACAAUAUUGGGAACCACAGGAAUUCCAUUGUCAUCCAGUGCAGAUCAGGAUAUUAUAGGGAGAAUUUUAUUUGCCUUGAACUCAUUAAAAGAGGAAAAGCUAGCUCCUACAUUGUCAAAUAUAACAGACUGCAUUCAGUAUGGUGAGAUGAAGCUUAAAAAUUUUGAUGUGAACAAGGGCCUUGAAUUGGCUAUUAAACAUCAAGUUGUUGUGAUGCACAAAUUAGGUGGUAACUUGCCAUUUUUUAUUGGAAGAAAUGACAAACUUUGGAAGUGUGUGAAUGUUAUGGAUGUUACUGUUAGGCAUCCAAAAGCAACAUGGGACACAGUUCAGAAAUUUUUGAGUUCAAAUGCUGGGCGCUCUGCCUUGAUGGUUUCUCAAUGCCAGUAUGAGGCAGCAAUUAUAUUGAAGAAAUCAUGUCUGAGUAAUCUUGCUGUAGGAGAUGUACUUCAAUUACUAUAUGUUAUAACUAAUGUGAAGAAAUGGGUCACACCUCACCCUUCAGGUUGGCAGCCUUUAUCGAUCACCAUCAAAGUUUAAUCCAAUGGCAAUGCAGAAUUGGUGCAACAAGUUGAGUUUGGCAUCAAUUCUUCUUGUUGUUUAGGACGGUAUUUUAAGACAUUGCAACCCUGCAUAGAUCAUUUUCGUUUUUGAUAUUUUGGAGGUCUAGUGAAUUGAAGUCUUUUUGAGACUGUUGUGUUAGUGUGAAGCCUGUCCCUCUUUAAUACUUUCCUCUGGAUUUGGAAUACUUGAUCGAUGUAAAAAGGUUUAAGGUUGAUUAUGAAGAACGAAAUGGAGAUGAUGGAGCCAACAUAUAUCAGAAGCUCUUUUGAUUUUCGUUUCCAUGGUACCAUCUCUUCAAACAGUUUUUAUUAGUUUACUAUUUGCAUAGACAAAGUGUUGAAUCACUGGCUCAAGAUUGAGGUCAUCUUGGUGGUCUUCGAGUUGUAGAGCAUGCAUAGAUGAUAUUUUGGAAGAGUUGUAUGAAACUGCGAUUGUCUUCUUGUAAGAGGACCUGAUAUACAAGUGAAUUAAUGCAGUUGUCUGUGCUCUAUGUUCCUAUGUUUUUAUUUUGCUUCUAGCAAUAAUUGCUCAUGUUGGUGACUCUAAAACUGGUUUCCGAGGGCCUUGCUGUGUAUUAUGUCCAAAGGAAACCUUGUUUUACAUGUACAAAUAACAAUGUAAUCUACAGAGCCUACUGUGCUUUGCAUCA